AUGGGGCGGUGGCAGCAACGCCGGGAGAGAACACCAAGCAAGAGGUGUCGACACAUUGCGUGGUUGGAGGGGCAAGGGGCACACGCCUUCAUUCUAAGGGUAAAGGAUGUUCAGUCAGCAAAGGAUGGGGCGGUAGCAGCAACGCCGGGAGAGAACACCAAGCCAGAGGUGUCGACACAUUGCGUGUCAGCAAAGGAUGGGGCGGUGGCAGCAACGCCGGGAGAGAACACCAAGCCAGAGGUGUCGACACAUUGCGUGGUUGGAGGGGCACACGCCUUCAUUGUUAGAGUAAAGGAUGUUCAGUCAGCAAAGCAUGGGGCGGUGGCAGCAACGCCGGGAGAGAAUACCAAGCCAGAGGUGUCGACACAUUGCGUGGUUGGAGGGGCACACGCCUUCAUUCUUAGAAUAUCCAGUUUCUUCGGUCUAGCGCCGCUUAAGUUCGAGACGCAGUCCAACGGCUUCACAGUCACUAUAUCUAGCGCUAUGUGUAUAUAUAGUUACAUAUUAGUCACAAUAUUAGUAAUUUGCACAAUCUUCGGGCUCGCGACAGAAAUCAACGUCGGGGUAGAGCUGUCUGUGCGGAUGUCGUCACGGAUGUCGCAGGUCGUAUCGACAUGCGACGUGUUGGUGGUGGUAAUGACCGCGGGCGCCGGUGUGUACGGCGCCCCGAGGAGGAUGCGGGACAUGCUCAAGUUUAUGGACAACGUCGCGUCGGUGGACAACAGCAUAGGAGCCCAAUAUUCCCUCGCCAAUGAGCGUAAACUCUGCGCGAUUCUGCUAGCGAUCCUCAUCUUCUUUACCGUGCUUAUCGCAGACGACUUCUGCUUUUAUGUGCUGCAGGCCAAGAAGUUUAACAGAGAAUGGGACAUAGUGACGAACUACAUCGCCUUCUACCUGCUGUGGUUCGUGGUAAUGGUGCUGGAGCUACAGUUUGCGUUCACCGCGCUAUCCGUGCGCACCAGGUUCCGCGCAGUCAACGACGCCAUCGCGCUUACGGCGCGACACGUCGCCAUACCGCUGGAAAAAUUGGAACAACCAACACCCUUCAAUAUGUUCGCGAUCCGCGUCGCUCCGGCCGACGCGCGCCGCUCCGCCAGCAACGUCAGCUUGCUGGUCGACUCGCUGCCCGGCGCGGGCGACCACCCCGUCAUCAUUAGGAAAAACGUAAACGGCGAGCCCCGUCUGAUCGUACCCCCGUGCGAGGCCAUCCGUCGGCUCGCAGCGCUCCACGGCUCCUUAUGUGAAGUGGUGCAGAAAAUCGACAGGAGCUAUGGGCUUCCGCUCAUAGUUAUACUGCUGUCUACGCUGCUGCAUCUUAUUGUCACGCCGUACUUCCUUAUCAUGGAGAUCAUUGUAUCUACGAAUCGAAUCCACUUCUUGGUGCUGCAGUUUCUGUGGUGCGUCACGCACAUGCUGCGCAUGUUCGUCGUGGUGGAACCAUGUCACUACACCGUUAUUGAGGGCAAAAGAACCGAGCAGCUGGUCUGCCAGCUGAUGACAUACGCGCCGUCGGGCGGCGCGCUUCCCUCGCGGCUGGAGCUGUUCUCCCGGCAGCUCUUGCUGCGCUCCGUCACCUACUCCCCGCUGGGGAUGGCCACGCUGGACCGCCCGCUGGUCGCUUCUGUAAUCGGCGCAGUGACUACGUAUUUGGUCAUUUUAAUACAGUUCCAAAGAUAUGACAGUUAAAAUGAACUGACCCGUAGGUAUAGUUAACUUAUAAAUAAAUAAAUCAUAUUAAUCUAGUCAGUCUAGGAUAACCUACUAAAAUACAUACAGUAGUGUACAUAUUAAAAAGCUUAUAUUAGAGUAUAUAGUAUGCUAAUCUAGUCAUAAAAUAUCUACUUAGGUACAUUGAUUUUUUCGUUGAAGUUCCUAAUAUGCAGUCAUUAUUUCAAAACAUAAAAUAUGAGUAGGUAAGUAAGAAAAUAUGUAAAAUGUUAUAUUGCAUAUACAAAAAAUUAUAUUAUGCGGUAGGUGAAAAAUUGUCAAGCACUAAAAUUGUACAACCCGCCGUACAGCGCCAUCUACGUCGGCUGUCAAAUUACCGGCCACAAUACUAUGUACAGUCACGUCUGAAAAUAUCGAUAGCCAUCACAAAAUUACAGAACG